AUGUCCUACCAAAACCCUCCGCCCCUCAGCCCCGGCGGCGGGGCUGGUGGUGUACCCUCGAAACGCGAUAAGCGACGCACUGCGCUCCAGGAACGGCUCCAGGAACUGACGGGUCAGUUCAGCAAUAACCGGGAUAUCCAGUUUCGUCAGCAGUUGCACGCACUCCACAUUGCUUCACUGAUUGAGGACACUGUUGGAGGCGGCAGCAAGUUUGCAAAAGAGAUGGCUGGCCUUGCUGGAUCAUGGUAUUCCAGAUUUGUGCAGCAGAUUAAUGAGAUUAAGGAAAAGAGAGAUGCAGAAUUGGUCACGACGAUGAACAACUACAACAACGUUAUGGAAAGACAACAGCGAGACCGUGAUUUCCGCACUUACUUCGCACAAGAAGAAUUCCGCCAUUUGUCUUCCACCCUUCGCGAGCGAUUGAUGCAGAAUAUCUCGGGCAAGCGCGCCCGUCUGAUGCGUGAAAAGGAGCAGCUCGACAUCGCCGACACCAAUGCUCUGCUCCUCCACCCCAACCAGUUCAGCAUCACAAAUCCUGCCAGUCCCGGUGGCAUUCACAGCAAUCGCAAGACUCGGCACACGCGUCACCGCGUUGACCUCGAUGAGUUGGGCAAUGGGAUUAUCACAGAUUUGAACAAGCGCAAGCGCAAGGCUCCGGAGGACGACACUGGGUCGCCUGCACGGGACACGGGCGAUGCUACUCCCGCGAAGCGCAACAAGACCGAGGUCACAAAGGAGCAGGUGGCACCUGCCUACUCGAUCCACUCCCUCUUCACCGACAAGGAACUCAACGCACACGCAAACCAGGCACACUUGGCUACCGUUCACUUCUUCUCUACCUCCAGGCGUCCAGACCACGGAUCCGGCGCUGUGACAAAUGGUAACAAUACCGAUGCUGAGGAUACCCCCGAGGGUACAGGCCAUGAAGACAACGGCACCCCGAGCGCAGCCGACAUGAUGCGCACCGCCAGCCACAACUUCCACGCUACCCGAUCCACCCGCACCACCGCCGCGCACAGUGCCUUGAGUGCCCUAGCUGACCUGGCUGAUAAACCCGCCACACGCCCGAUCCUCCCAUACCACGUCCUUUCCAACCACCACGCACGACCAAACGGCAACGCGCCCCCUUUGACAUCCCUGAUGAAUGAGGAAGUUGAUGACGACUGCGCUCGUAUCAGCCGUCUCGCCGGCAAACCACCUAAUUGGAUCGACGCGUCUCUUGUCGAACUCGUGGCUGCACCUCUUCCUACUCCCCCAGAGCCGCUCGAUGGCCACCCAGCCGAUCCCGCAGUCUUCAGUCAACUGCACCCGGAUUUCCCCCGCAAUGGGUGUUGA